GAUUCUUGCCUUGUCUCUUAUAAUCUGCAGCAUCAUUUUUAGUCUUUUACAAAAAGGGGUUAAUAGUACAAGCUCAUCCCCGUUCUAUUCCAAUUACCUGAGUGCGAAAGAUACACAGAGACAGAGAGAGCAGGGAGCGAGAGUAUCUCUCAGGCUGGCUGCCCUCACACCUCCCAGUGUUGGGCACAGAAUCUGACGGAACGAGAGAGACAGGGAAGCCCAGAGCAACAGGAUGAAGAGGUACAAGGAGCAUCAUCUGCAGCAGCCAAUCACGCCAGAUCUGCUAAUGAGUCCGAGUGAUAGGGAUGAAAAUGAGCUUGACAUAGAUUACCCUGAGGAGCGAGGCAACUGGACCGGAAAGUUGGAUUUUCUAUUGUCCUGCAUUGGAUACUGUGUUGGCCUGGGAAAUGUUUGGAGAUUCCCAUACAGAGCUUACACCAAUGGUGGAGGGGCUUUUCUCAUUCCAUAUUUCAUUAUGCUGGCUAUCUGUGGAAUCCCUCUCUUCUUCAUGGAGUUGUCACUUGGACAAUUCUCGAGUCUUGGACCACUGGCUGUGUGGAAGAUAAGCCCUCUUUUUAAAGGUGUUGGGAUGGGAAUGCUCUUCAUAGUGGCCCUGGUGGCCAUCUACUACAACAUGAUAAUAGCCUAUGUGCUAUUCUACCUCUUUGCCUCUCUGACCAGCAGCCUGCCUUGGGAGCACUGUGGCAACGUGUGGAACACAGACUUAUGCCUGGACCACCAUGUAAUUCGUGCCAACAACUCUUCUCUGCCAAUCAAUAUAAGCAAUACAGUCAGCCCCAGUGAAGAAUACUGGAGCCGGUAUGUUCUUCACAUACAAGGAAGCAGUGGAAUUGGGGAUCCAGGACAAAUACAGUGGAAAUUGUGUCUUUGUCUUCUCCUCUCUUGGACCAUUGUGUAUCUGUGCAUUUUAAAGGGAGUCAAAUCAUCUGGGAAGGUUGUCUACUUUACAGCUACAUUUCCUUACUUGAUUUUGAUCAUGCUGCUAAUUCGUGGAGUAACACUGGAUGGUGCGUGGAUAGGAAUUAAGUUCUACCUCACACCUCAGUUUGAUCAUCUGUUGUCAUCAAAGGUUUGGAUAGAGGCAGCAUUACAAAUCUUUUAUUCCCUUGGAGUUGGGUUUGGAGGGCUUCUCACAUUUGCUUCAUAUAACACAUUCCAUCAGAACAUUUACAGAGAUACAUUUAUUGUUACUCUGGGUAAUGCCUUCACAAGCAUAUUAGCCGGGUUUGCAAUCUUCUCAGUGUUGGGGUACAUGUCAAAAGAGUUAGGAGUUCCUGUCGAUCAAGUUGCAAAAGCAGGUCCUGGAUUGGCUUUUGUUGUGUAUCCACAGGCCAUGACAAUGCUGCCACUGUCCCCUUUCUGGUCCUUUCUUUUCUUCUUCAUGCUUCUGACACUCGGAUUGGACAGCCAGUUUGCAUUCAUGGAGACCAUUGUGACUGCCAUCACUGAUGAAUUUCCUUAUUAUCUGAGACCAAAAAAGGCUUUCUUCUCUGCUAUUACGUGCACUGUUUUAUUCCUGCUGGGACUGAUCCUGACAACAGAUGGUGGAAUGUACUGGUUGGUACUGCUAGAUGACUACAGUGCUGGAUUCGGGCUUCUGGUUUUAGUCAUCACCUUCAGUCUUGUUGUCUCUCGAGUAUAUGGAAUUAAGAAUUUUUGCAGAGAUAUUCACAUGAUGCUUGGAUUCAAGCCAGGAAUCUACUUCAAAGCAUGCUGGUCAUUCCUAACCCCAGUCACAUUACUGUCUUUGCUUUCAUACAGUGUAAUAAAAUACCAACCCUCGCAGUACGGAAAUUACAAGUUCCCUUUAUGGUCGGAGGCCCUGGGAAUUCUCAUGGGACUUGUAUCCUGCAUCAUGAUCCCCAUUGGGAUGUUGGUUGCUGUGUUAAAAGAAGAAGGAACAUUAUGGGAGAGAAUACGACAGGCCAGCAGACCAUCUAUGCAUUGGGGCCCUUCUCUGGAAGAAAACAGGACAGGCAUGUAUGUGAACACCUUGGCAGGCAGCCAGUCACCCAAACCAUUGAUGGUUCACAUGAGAAAAUAUGGAGGAAUAACAAGUUAUGAAAAUACAGCUAUUGAAGUAGACAAAGAAAUAGAAGAGGAAUCAAUGAUGUGAUUAUAAGGAGGGAGGCAGGUGGAACUGAGUGACAUAGAGAGACCUCUCUCCCUCCAGGGCUAAUAUAUGCUUCCCUGACCUAGGACCCGACUUUCCAUAUUUCAGUGUCCAACUUGGCCUCUCCAGACAGAGGUCCUAUAUUAAGACAUGCUAUCGUUUGGUAGCUCUUUGUGUGGAACUAUUGCAGAGGUGUCAUUGUAGUUGUCAUGUUUGGUAAUGCCACAAAACAUUGUAGAAUUGUAUAUACAUGUUUCUGUGCUUCGUUUGUAAAUACUGUUUGAUGAUUUAUUAGUACAGAUCACAAAUUGCAUUGUAUGUUACAACUUCAUGAGUAUGGAUAUGAAACAAUUGCCAUAAAGAAAACGGUUUGUUAGAUGUCUCCGUGAAAUCCUUGUGUUUAGUUAAAAUGGGCUUUGUUUUUAUAGCAUAUGUCCUUUAACAAUAAAUUAUUGAAUCAUAUGAAUGUAA